AGGGAGCGCGGCGGGCUCUGGGCGGCUGCGCGCGAGCGGGCGGGCGGCGGCCGUUGCCCCGCCCCGCCCCGCCGCGUGAGGAGGGUGCGCGCCUGGGCCGGGCGAGCGGGCGCGUGGCGUGUGCGCCGCGAUGUUCGUGGCGCGCAGCAUCGCGGCGGAUCACCGCGACCUCAUCCACGAUGUCUCCUUCGACUUCCACGGGCGGCGAAUGGCGACCUGCUCCAGCGACCAGAGCGUCAAAGUCUGGGACAAAAGUGAAAAUGGGGAUUGGCAUUGCACUGCCAGCUGGAAGACACAUAGUGGAUCUGUAUGGCGUGUGACCUGGGCCCAUCCUGAAUUUGGGCAGGUCUUGGCUUCCUGCUCUUUUGACAGAACAGCAGCUGUGUGGGAAGAAAUAGUGGGAGAGUCAAAUGAUAAACUCCGAGGCCAGAGUCACUGGGUGAAGAGGACUACUCUAGUAGACAGUAGGACAUCUGUUACAGAUGUGAAGUUUGCUCCCAAGCAUAUGGGUCUUAUGUUAGCAACUUGUUCAGCAGAUGGAGUUGUAAGGAUAUAUGAAGCUCCAGAUGUGAUGAAUCUCAGUCAGUGGUCACUGCAGCAUGAAAUCUCAUGUAAGCUAAGCUGCAGUUGUAUUUCUUGGAAUCCUUCAAGUUCUCGAGCACAUUCUCCAAUGAUAGCUGUAGGAAGUGAUGACAACAGUCCAAAUAUACUGGCUAAGGUUCAAAUUUAUGAAUAUAACGAAAAUACCAGGAAGUACGCAAAAGCAGAAGCUCUGAUGACAGUCACAGAUCCUGUACAUGAUAUUGCAUUUGCUCCAAAUCUGGGAAGAUCCUUCCACAUCUUAGCUGUAGCAACCAAAGAUGUACGAAUUUUCACACUAAAACCUCUAAGGAAAGAAUUGACUUCAUCUGGAGGAUUAACAAAAUUUGAAAUUCAUAUUGUGGCACAGUUUGAUAAUCACAAUUCCCAGGUGUGGCGAGUGAGCUGGAAUAUUACAGGCACAGUGCUUGCCUCCUCUGGUGAUGAUGGCUGUGUUAGGCUCUGGAAGGCUAAUUACAUGGACAACUGGAAGUGUACUGGUAUACUGAAAGGUAACGGGAGUCCAGUGAAUGGUAGCUCUCAGCAGGGAAUUUUUAAUGCUUCCCUAGGUUCAGCCAAUACAAGCCUACAGAAUUCACUAAAUGGAUCAUCUGCCAGCAGAAAGCAGAGCUGAUACCAAGCUAACUGGAGUAACUGGUGUUUUGCUGCUUGUUGCAUGCACACAGGAAUGGAAAACGAACUCCUUUUUUCCCUCCCUAACGGCGUUUGACCUCUCCCAAGACACCAGCAGCCUGCUAACUACUAAAUGCUAUUCAAAAAUCCUUUUUAAAACAUGUUGUGUAUGUUUUUUGUACUAGCUCACACAGUUUGAUACUGUUGGAACUCCUGGUAGAAAAAUAUUUGGAGAGGCUUCUUGUUUGGGAAAAAAACCACAAACAAACAACCCAAGCCCCAAAACUUCCAUCAAAACAGAUUUUUUGAAAGCUUGUCAAAUUAGAAGGCUAGUUUAUGAGUAAAAAUGAUAAUUUUUGUCCUUGAUUGGGAUGGGGGGAGGGAAGUGACCAUUAAAAUUUUCAUUAAAAUUGUUUCGAUAACUAAUUUGGUUUGCAUUUCAUAGUGUUCAGCAUUUGAGAUUCCUAAACAUCACAAGUUUGUAACUGCUUUGUAAUAUAAUAUAUAAAACUGUUAGUUUUAAAGGAAUAAGAAAACUGUUUUGACAAUUGUACAGAUGGCAGCUUUUGAAUAGUUUGGUAUUGCUUCAUUUAUAACUUAGUAUGACUUCAAAUAAAUGUUUUGUAAGUAUUGUCAUACUUUUUUCAUCUUAAGAGAAGUACUUUUUCUGAUAUGUACUUGUACAUUCCUAUGGUAAUAAUUCCAUGGAGUGACUAAAAUUCUUUGAGCAUAGUAUCUUAAAAACAAACAGCCAUACAACGAUUGAAACCAAAAUGCAGCUUGCUGUGGAUUGUCCCAUAAUUCCAUUAAUCACAUAGCUGUUCAUUUAUCCAAGUCCACAGAACUUGUAAACAAGACAGAAAACAUCUGUAGGUAUUCAAUAUAGAUAUAUUAAAAUGCAUUAAGUAUUACGGGUAAGUUCUAAUGAAAACAGCAGAAAAAUGACAUGAAAUGGUAUGAUUCCCCGUCUUGCAUUCACCUGGAAUCUUAAAUUUACUCUGAGGAUUUUGCAGAAAUAUGUAAAUACAUACAAAAGCUGUAUUUCACUGAAAGUAGUUUUCUCUGUAAAUGUAUAUUAUUAAAUUUAAAGUAUUGUAAAAACAAUGAUGUUUUUAUGUCUAUUCUAGAAGUGCUGUGAAGUUAAUCUGAAUUAGAUGCAUACGCAGAAAAUGUACUUACAUAAUAUUUAAUGUAUAUUUUGUGUCACAAAUGAAGCGUUACUAAAAACUGUUGACAAAUCACAGGAGUUCUGGGAGAACAAAAGCCUGUUAAUAGCUGUGCUAUAUCCUUUUUGAUUUCCAAAGCAAUCUGUUCUUUUGUAAAAAUGUAUACUAGGAUUAUUAUCACAGAAUUCUUUUCUAUGAAUUUCAGUGGAAAAGACGGGAUUAUUUUCCUUUAAAGAGCAGUUUCCAAAUUUGUCUUGUUUUGAAUUAAAAGCCUUGAUUUCUGCUAUUAUGUUCCUAUUGGUUUUGGCAUGGAUAUACUAAAGCCUUUUUUUUUUUUUCUAGCAUGUGUUUUCUCCCCUUUGGUUCUCCUUGUAUUUACUACCUUUCUCUUUUUUCUUGUUUUGUUUUUUGUUUUGUUUUGUUUUUUGUUUUGGUGUUUUGUUCCUUUCUUAAUUGUUUCAGGUAUUUCUUUCCCCCUCUGGAUUCCCCACGGGCUGGAUCGAGAUGGUCCAGUCAUGCCCAGCUCCUUCCUCCUCCUCCUCUGAUAGAGCACUCUUGUGAUGCUGACUCUGCCAACCUCCAGUAUCCUCACCCUCGCAGACGAUGUGUAUCUCGGCCUCUUAAUCUGUUACCUGAGAAUGAAGGGGUUUAACAUGUGGCUUUAAAUAAACUCUGAAGGGCCUUAUUCUGGCAUUUGUGAAUGCUUCCAUUUCUGGCUACCUUUUGUAUUUAUUCUCUGAUACAGAAGAUUUUUAAAAAAUUGGGGACUUCAUGCACAUGCAUGUUUUACAAAACAAAGUACACAAUUUAGAACAUGUUAUUUGUUUGUUUAUCAAAGGAGCAUUUUAAUCUGUACCCUCUGAACUAUGGCAACAUAUACAAACAGUAUUAAUCAUGAGCUAUUUACAGAGUAGCUGACUUCAAUGUGCCUGUCCCUUUUAAUUUUUUUUUCUUUUGUUUUUGGAAUCAGUGUGGUCUUGAUUUUUUUUUUUUUUGUAUAUUGCACUGGCCAAUGUGAAAUAUAUUCUCAACAUUAAACAUACCUACAAGCAGUUGCUGAGUAACUAAAGGAUGAUAUUGGAUCAACUCCUAAAAGAAACAAAACCAUUCCUGUGUAUACUGCAGCAAAAUAGUUGAGAGUGUUUGGUUACUGAAGAAUUUUGCAUCUUGCUAUAUAAAUAUUUAAAUUUUAUAAUUGUGGUUGACUAAUAAACUUAUUCUAAAAGGUC